GCUUGCUUCAUUCUUGUCAAAGCUAUAAUCGGUACUCCAAAGGACGAUAUCAAUAGUCAAUUGCGAAACAAAUGUGAAAGACAUCACCCUUUUCUUCGGAGUCGGGCAAGAAACAAGACUGCGUUCGGCCGAUUUCGGAGACGGACGUCCAAAAAGUUUGAAGGUUGAAUGAUAUUUUCGAGAAAGUUAAUCAAGAUCAAGUGCAUAGCUUUCUUUCAGUCAGUCAUUAUCACUUUGAGCAAAUAAUUGCAUACAGGAUGUCGGCGAACGAUACAUUCCAGACACCGCUAAAUUCGCGCUAUGCCUCGCCAGAGAUGAAGGCGCUCUGGUCGCCGAGAACGAGAUUUAGCACCUGGAGAAAGUUGUGGCUAUGGCUUGCGCAAUCAGAGAAAGAGCUUGGACUGCCAGGAAUCACUGAUGAAGCAAUCAAGCAACUUGAAGAGCACGUGACUAUCCAAGAUGACGAAUUCGCGGGCAUUGCGGAAGAAGAAAAGAAACGUCGCCACGAUGUCAUGGCACAUGUUUGGGGCUACGGCCAAGUGGCACCAGAUGCAGCAGGAAUCAUACACUGGGGAGCUACAAGCUGCUACGUGACCGACAAUGGUGAUCUCCUCCUGCUACGACAGGGGCUUGAUAUUCUGCUGCCAAAACUAGCCACGGCCAUUUCGAAAUUAUCACAUUUUGCAGACAAAUACAAGGAUCUACCAUGCCUUGGAUACACUCAUGCCCAACCUGCUCAACUCGUCACCGUAGGAAAGCGCGCUUGCCUCUGGUUGCAGGACCUUCUCAUGGACCUGCGAAAUCUCGAGCGUGCCAGGGAUGAUCUAAGAUUCCGUGGCGUCAAAGGCACAACAGGUACUCAAGCAUCCUUCCUGCAAAUCUUCGACGGCGAUCACGAAAAGGUGGAGAGGUUGGACGAGCUUGUUACGGAGAAGGCAGGCUUCAAGUCGGCAUACAUCAUUUCGUCGCAAACCUAUCCCCGAAAGGUCGACCUAGACGUGCUCGGAGCUCUAGGCGGUCUUGGUGCAACUUCGGAACGGAUAGGAGUCGAUAUCAGGCUGCUCGCACAUGGGAAGGAACUCGAGGAACCAUUUGAAAAGGACCAGAUUGGUAGCAGCGCCAUGGCAUACAAGCGAAAUCCAAUGCGAAGUGAGAGACUGUGUUCAUUGGGAAGAUACUUGCAAAAUGAGCCCAAAAACGCAAAUGACACAUACCGCGCACAGUGGUUUGAGCGAACACUGGACGACAGCGCCAACCGUCGCUUGUCAAUUCCUCAAUCCUUCCUAUGCGCUGAUGCAUGCCUGAUAUUAAUGAACAAUAUCUUCUCUGGUCUUGUUGUCUACCCCGCCAUUAUCCAGAAGCACAUCAAUGAAGAGCUUCCAUUCAUGGCUACCGAGAACAUUAUCAUGGCCUGUGUAGCCGCUGGCCUAUCACGCCAGGAUGCUCAUGAGGAAAUUCGCGUACUCUCCCACGAGGCCGCCGCGGAAGUGAAGCAACAUGGUCGUGCCAAUGAUUUGAUUGACAGGAUAAAACGUACGAAGUUUUUCGAGCCCGUGGUGGGUCGUUUGGAUGAGCUGCUUGACGCGAAAACAUUUAUCGGCAGGGCACCACAGCAAGUGACCAAGUUCUUGAAGACAGAGGUCGAGCCCGCGCUGGAGAAGUACAAGGAUAAGAUUGGCACUGACGCCGCCGAGUUGAGCGUGUAGGUGCGCGUAAAUGGCAGUUAGACCUCCGUUUUACCGGAUAAGCGGCUGGAAGCGAGCCGGGACGGACAAAGGGAUAAUCCCUUUUCCUUGAGAUAACGCUGUUGUAAUAAAGCAUGGUUUACGAUUUUCAAUGCCUUAAAAAUCCCAGGAAAAGGAUCGCCACUUUCAAUUGUCCUCUCCACCUCAAUGUACUACUCAUGUUGAGAAGUAUUUCUCAUUAAUUGAUCGUCUGCAAAUUUGAAGUUUGGAGCACAGCCCCAACUGCAGACAGUCCGAACGAA